GAGCUGACCAACAAGAUUAAGGGCGAGGCUGAGGCAAAGAGGACGAGCGAUAAGGUGGAGGUGGACCCGCAGAAGACGAGGAAGGAGGUGAUCGAGGAGCGCAUCGGCUACAACCCCAGGCCCAGGAGACCCAACUAAAGAGACAAGAUGCUGCCAGCACCUAGCCGAACCAGCCUGCCCUAUCAGAUUCUGCUGUACCUUAAUGGCUGGUACAUGGUUGCUUUCGUCCUUGUGGAGACUCUGCUCCUCUUAUUCAAGAUGUCAGUCCUGCCAUACCCUCCUGGGAACAUUGUUGCCGAGGCUUUCUUGCUUGCAUUUUUAGGUGCCAUUGAGUGGGUCAGGAUUUUCAUGGGCAAGAAAGGGAAUCUCACAGAAGCCCUCAUGUCCAUAGCACUCUCAGUAAUCUUUACAGCUCCCUCUGUGCUUGCCCUCCUCUACUUGCUGCUGUGGCAGACGUAUGUGCUGAGGAUAGAGGUGAUCCUGGUGUCCUUUGCCCUGGCAUUUGAAGGCAUUGAGCUCCUCUUUGCCUUUUUAUCCAUUAUUACCAUUAAUAAGUCUGGUAAAUCUGACUUUUUAUAAUAAUAGAUAAGUUGUUAUUUUCAAUGAAUUUUGUACUUAUUUUCUAAGCCUUUGUGGUUGUUGUUAAGAUGUGUUGUGUUUGGUGAGGGAUGUGUGGAUCUGACUCACCUCUUCACCUGUGUCUGUGUGAACGGUGUGUGAAAGUGACUCACAGAUCAUAUCCUCAUUUAAUUUUUCUCAUUCUUUUACUUUGGAGUCAUUCAUUUUGUUCAUUUUUAUAUUCCUGAUCUGUUAACAUAUCAAAUGAUGCUGCUUUUAAUCUGGAAAAAUAUGAAUAAGUUCGUGAAAAUAAAGUCGUAAAAAUGUGAGAGUGCAAGAAGGCCAGCAAGAUUACAUAUACAUACUUCUCUUCUUGAUGGCAACAAUGCAUUCACAAUACCAGUGGGUACCUUGAAACAACCACUUAGGCAUUUCAGUGAAUAAAUUGAAUAUUGCCUUGACAUUUCAUUAUAAAGAAUAAAAUUUAGAUUGUAA